CAUGAGGGCGCUGCUCCUGCUCUGCUGCUUCCUGGCCUCGCUCCUGCUCUCAACACAAGCAGAACUGCAAGUCCCUGCUUCGGGUGGCACAGAAGAUGUUGGCAAUUUGUUGGAGAAUCAUUUCUCUGCUGGAGACGCAAGUCUAGAGGAGAAAGAAAGGGCACUCUAUGCAGAUGCGGCCCCUCCAGACAAGAAUCUGCUCCUUCACUACCCAGACGGCAGGGAGGCUGAGAGCUCGGAGCAGACCACCACUGGGGUCCCCCCUGCUGCCACCGGCCCGGGCUCUGAGCCCGAAGCCAACCUCUCCAAUGCCUCAGCUGCAGAGUCAGCUUCCCCCGAGGAUGCUGCUGGGCCUGGGGAGGGCGAGGAGGGGUCACCAGCAGGAGGCGGCCUUCCUCUAGGAGGGGAUGAGGGGCCCACACAAGAGGAGAGGCCAGAAGUCAGUUCAGGGGAGAAGGAGGUUGGGCUCUCCACAGAGGGGACUGUUGAUGAGGAGGCAGAAGUACAGGUGGGGAAUGGUGAGGUCCCCAAGAAAGCUGAGGGGGUUCUAGGAGACAACCUGGCUCAGGGAGCAUCAGAAGAAGGGGGUACAGUGCCUAAAGCCAUGGGAGCCUCUAGCUUGGAGGGUGAAGAGGGCCCUGCCUCAGAGGCAGAAAAUGAGGCCAGCCUGGGAUCUGAUCAUCAGCCAGAGGAGCUAGAUGGAGCCUUGGAAACUGAUAGGUCAGCAUCAGAAUCAGAGUCUGAUGUGGAUGCAGAAGCUGAGGAGGGCACUGAGGCUCAGCCUCAGGUCAGUGCCCCAGAGACAGAAGACAAGGAGAGCACAGAGCCUGAUCACCAGCCUGCAGAAAUAGAAGAAGCACUGGACACCUCAUCUGUUGGGGUAGAAUCAGAGGCUAAGAUGGACACAGAAGCUGGAGAAGGGGCUGAGGACAAAGGCGAGUCUGGUCCCACUCAAGAGGCUGGCCAGGCCACAGAGACCAGUGAAGAAUCCAGUGGCAUUCAGAGCUCUGGGGCUGGGGAGAUGGAAGAGAAACACUCCUCCAAGGACCAGACGCCUGAAGAGGGCCCAGACGAAGCUUCCUCUGAGGAUGAACAAGAUGAAGGUGCAAGUGAGGAAGGAGUUCUAUCUGAAGAAGAGUCUGGAGAAGACAGCGGCGACGGGGCUAGCUCAGAAGAAGGAGGUGCCUCUGAGCAGGCUGGGGAACCCCAGGAAACAGCAGGAACUACAGAGCCUGGGGAGGAAGGGGCACAGCACAACAAAGAGGAUUUGAAUGCAGAGUCUGAGGAGGGUGGUGAAGCCCAGGACACUGGGGCAGAAGAGCCCGAAGAGGAACCCCAGGGGAGGGGGAAUCCUAUCAUUGCUACCCAGGAAGAGGCAGACGAUGUGAGUGAAGAAGCACCUUUGAGGGACCGCUCCCACAUUGAGAAAACUCUGAUGCUGAACGAGGACAAGCCGGCUGAUGAUUACUCAGCGGUGCUACAGCGGCUUCGAAAGAUCUACCACACAUCCAUCAAGCCCCUGGAGCAAUCUUACAAAUACAACGAGCUUCGGCAGCAUGAGAUUACAGAUGGGGAGAUUACUUCCAAGCCAAUGGUGUUGUUCCUGGGACCGUGGAGUGUUGGUAAAUCCACCAUGAUAAACUACCUCCUAGGGCUGGAAGACACUCGCUACCAGCUCUAUACAGGUGCUGAACCCACCACCUCCGAGUUCACGGUUCUCAUGCAUGGGCCCAAGCUCAAAACCAUUGAGGGCAUUGUCAUGGCUGCUGACAGCGCCCGGUCCUUCUCACCCCUGGAGAAAUUUGGCCAGAAUUUCCUGGAGAAGCUGAUUGGUAUAGAAGUUCCUCACAAACUUCUAGAGCGGGUCACUUUUGUGGAUACACCAGGCAUCAUUGAGAACCGCAAGCAGCAAGAGAGAGGCUAUCCCUUCAACGAUGUGUGCCAGUGGUUCAUCGACAGGGCCGACCUCAUCUUUGUCGUUUUUGACCCCACCAAGCUGGAUGUAGGUCUGGAGUUGGAGAUGCUCUUCCGCCAGCUGAAGGGACGCGAGUCCCAGAUAAGGAUCAUCCUGAACAAGGCGGACAACCUGGCUACACAGAUGCUCAUGCGUGUGUAUGGGGCCCUCUUCUGGAGCUUGGCACCCCUCAUCAAUGUCACAGAGCCCCCUAGGGUUUACGUCAGCUCCUUCUGGCCCCAAGACUAUAAGCCCGACACCCACAGGGAACUGUUCCUCAAAGAAGAGAUCUCCCUUCUGGAAGAUCUGAACCAAGUGAUUGAGAACAGGUUGGAGAAUAAGAUUGCCUUCAUCCGCCAGCACGCCAUCAGGGUUCGUAUUCAUGCCCUUUUGGUUGACCGCUAUCUGCAGACUUACAGGGACAAAAUGACCUUCUUCAGUGAUGGAGAACUGGUCUUUAAGGACAUUGUGGAGGAUCCUGAUAAAUUCUACAUCUUCAAGACCAUUCUGGCAAAGACCAAUGUCAGCAAGUUUGACCUUCCCAACCGUGAGGCCUAUAAGGACUUCUUUGGCAUCAACCCCAUUUCCAACUUCAAACUCCUCUCUCAACAGUGCUCUUACAUGGGAGGGUGUUUUCUGGAGAAGAUCGAGCGGGCCAUAACUCAGGAGCUCCCCAGCCUCCUGGGUAGCCUUGGGCUUGGGAAGAAUCCAGGUGCUUCCAACUGUGACAAAACAGGGUGUGGUGAGACCCCAAAGAAUCGCUACAAGAAGCACUAGGGUUGUGUGUAGCUGUUCUGGGGUCCCUGUUGGAGAAUGAGCUUGCGUCCUAAAUAUCUGAGAAGUCCUGGUUUAUUAACCCUUUGAGCCACACUGGCGAGAAUCAGUACACAUUGGAGAUUUGGGAGUUGAAUGAGACUGGUGGUGGGGGCAGGUGCAUGGAUCUAGGAGGGGGAAAGUGGAAACUGUGAAUUAUAGCAUGCUUGUCUUGUUGUUUCAGUGAGGAAGCAUGGGUGAGGAAGAGCAAGGAGCAACCCUUGCUUUUCCUGGGUCCUGUCUGGAAGGGACAGAGAACAGCUAAAUUCUAGUGCCUACUAAAUCAAUGAGGGUCAAAUAAGCUAUAUGCAGCUGGAAUUCCUUUCCCCCCUGUAAGCUGGGUAGAUAACGAAGCCACAGUGACAUGGAGUUCUCAGGUCUGUGUCAACUCCUUCCACACAGUCUUUUGUCUGUUCCCCAUCCCUUCUCAGUUCCCUCUCAAGCUUGAGUGGACAAUCUCUUGAGUCUGAAUCUACUUGGGUUUUGAGCCUGUCCCAGGAACCUCUUCCCUGUUUCCCCAAGGAGGGUGGCAGUGCCUAGCAUACCAGAACACUCAGAGAGAACAAGAGCUCCCAGGUCAGGGUGAAGGUCUGCCUCCUGACAUGGUAUUUCUUUGAUAUUUCACCAGAGGAGCUCAGACACUCCAUUGGCUCUAAGAGGAGGGUGAGUGGAUGGUGUCUUCAGGCCAUUCCCUUCUUGGAAAUGAUUGAAAUAAAGUACUCAAAGGGCUCAGGGGGUUAAUUGGUUUGCAGUGUGUCUUUGUCUAUUGCAUGUCUUGGAAAACUCAGAUCCUAAAGGCAUUGGGUUUCAGAGAGGACAAUGGAGGCCUUGCUCCUUGGUCUUGGGGACUUCUCUGGGCAGCCAGCCUCUCCCAAGUUUGGGAGGAGGCCGUUUCUACAGCUUCUCUGUGGAAACACAUGGCAGAGGAGUUGCCCCUUCCGGUUACCAUUACUAUGGCUUUUCCUUUCUUCUCCAUUCCCUGAUGCAUCAACACUUAAAACUCAGAGAAUUUUCCUAGGAUCAGAACCAGCACCAGCCAUUUGGCACAUACCCCUUUGGCAACCAAGGCCUAAGGUUCAAUUUCUACUUGCACGUGAGGCAGGUGAAUGUACCACAGGUCAGCCAAACACCAGUGAGUGUAAAUUUGUGUGUACAUCAUCAAAGAGAGAGAUUGAGGAAAUGACAAACCCAAGGGCACAGAAAAAGAAUUCCUUGUGAGAGUCCUGUGAGGCCCACACAUAGGACCACCUUGGAGGGGAAGGCCUGGGGUCUGGGCAGCCUUUUGAUGGAGCAUGCCCAGUGAAAUCAUGAGUGUGCAGGGGUGGCCCAGAGUUGCCUCAAGCAGCCUUUCAAACACAGCCAACAGCUCUUCUUGGGAGCAAGCUGCCAUAGAUGUCUUGACCAUGACACAUGAGUGUCUACCAGCACCAGAAACUCACCUGGACCAGAGGAAGGGUGAGCCAGAGUUCCUUCCUCUGAGGAUCCUGGGCAGAUAAGCAGAUCUAGUACCAAUGUGGUCCACACAGAGAACGCAAUUUAGGAGUUUGUAUUUCUCUGAAUUCUUAGUGGUCCAGAACCUCCUAUGAAGGAGGCUGCUGCUUUGGACUUCUUUGUGGAGAGCCUCCACACAAGAGAGCCAGAGGCCCCAAAGAUGCUUGCACACAGAGACACUGUCUCCAAGAAGCAAGUUAGUGGGAAAAGAAAAGCAGUUUCUGCAAGGGGGCAUCCAUGGAGCCUGGUGGCUUGGACUGAUGAACUGCAAUCUGUCCUGGAGUUUUCUUCCUUUAAAGCAAACAGUCCCCCUCUCUCCUCUCCAUUUGGGAGACUGCCCCUGCGCCUUUCUCUUUCAUGGUCCUCAAGCUCAUGGGCUGCUUUUGGCAUAUCAGAUUUGUUUUUCUUUUGUUUUUUCAAUGCAGUCAGGGGAAUUAAAAAAAAAAGGUAGAACUGUAUGGACCUUGUUAUAGCUGUCAAUAUCACCUAUGCUUUGGGGGAGGCUGGUGGAAUGGGGCUAAUAAAUUCAUGCAACAUUUGUAUUUUUGAGGGGCUGCCUUAUCAGUGUGCUCUUUUGAUUUUUUUCUUUUCUCUCUUUUCCUUUUCUUGUUCCUUCCCUCUCUCCAUUCUGUUCCUCUUCUUUUGCACCUACCUUUCUCUGUUGAACAGUACAGGUUAGAACCUGUGCUAUCCUUUGUCCAGCUCUGUGGAGAUAGAUUUCAACCAGGAUUCUCUUUUAUUUUUAUUUUUCUUGGGGACAGUGGUGGAGGGCAGAGCUGGAAGUAGAGGAAAUGUAGUAUCCAGAGAUUCCCCAAAAGGAGUAUGUGUGAAUGUCUGUGCCGGAAUGUGGCCAACCCUUUCCAGUGUUCUUUUCCAUUCAUAUUUCAGUGGGGAAAAUGUCUCAAUAAAGUUCCAAUCUCUCUUUAA